AUGACCGAAGCUAGCUUCCACGAUGUUGGCUGCCUGGUUCGUGUGCGGGCCCAGGUGAUGACGCGGGACGACUCGACGGGCGGCUGGGUGCCGCUCGGCGGCGGUGGCCUCAUCAGCGUGUCGGUGCGCAAGCGCUGCGACCUGCAGCCGAACAGUGCGACGCCCGGGCCGGGCGCCUGCUGCUACCAGAUCACCGGUGAGCGCGAGGCCCACGUGCUCCUCUCGUGUGCCAUCGGGCGGGACUUCACGUACAACAAGGUGAUGCCCACCUUCCACCACUGGUGCACCAGAGAGCACAAGUUCGGGCUCACCUUCCAAACGUCGGCGUACGCCAGGGCCUUCGACAAGGUCGUGCGCAUCGCAAUGGAAGACCUGCUUGACGGUACAGUCACGCUUGCCAAUACCGGUGCAUACCAUAGAGUUUCCUAA